UCCACCCCCUCUGGCCUCCUCCCCAAAUUUAUCCUUUCUUUUUUUGCUCCCAACUCGGUUUUUUAUAUUGCUCCUGACUGAUUCUGUUUCACCUUUUUCGUGCUCUUUUCAAGGAUACUAUUUUCUCAGACGUUUCGUUGUAGCCCUGAGGAAAUAUCAUCACUUUUUGGAUUAUAUCUCUUAUCGAUUUUGAAGAGUCUAAAUGGCGGAUUUGAGCGCUUGGAACCAGCUAUUUCGCCUGAACCCGGAUUCACCACAGACUCCAAUGCUUAGCAGUCAGGAGCUUCAGGACGAGCUUGCUCUGUGGAGCAAUGCGCAGUUCAAUUUUGAGCCAGUUAAUGACGAGCCACAGGGCAAAGAGUCACCAGUAUCGAGCACUUCGUCUUCGGAGGCUCGCUCAAGCAUUUCUAGCACCUCCAGCAACCAACCACAGCAGCUGCAGCCGCAAGUACAGCAGGCACAGCAGCAGAGCUGGGGAUUUAUGAGUCCUCAGCAGGAGCCACACACGCCGCACACAAGUAGCUCGCAGGGCAAUGCACUCGGGUUCAUGAUGGGCGGGCAGGCUACUGCCGACAUCUUCAGUGCAAUUGCGGGAGGGACCGCCUCGCAGCAACAGCAGCAGCAGCAGCAGCAGCACACUCAGUGGGCGCGGCUGUCGCAGGCGCAGGUCAUGUACCCGCAGCAGGCACAGCAGCAGCAGCAGCCGAUCAUUGUCAACGGGGUGCCCAUGAUCCCGCUGGUUCCGCUGGCUCCUCAGCAGCCGCAGCCGCAGCAACCGAUUACGAUUUCUCCCUCAGCUACCACCACCACUGCUGCAGCUUCGUCUUCCUCGUCUUCCUCGUCUUCCUCCCACAUGAUUGCCAUUGCCCCUGCGCCAAGUGCACCGACCUACCACCAGCCGGCGAUUGCACCCAAGACCUCCUCCAGUACCGCCAAUGGCGCUGCCAGCAGCAGUGCACAGACAGUGGUCUCGGCGGCAGCGGUGGCACCACCUCCGACGCAGCGCCGGUCAUCGUCCAAGCCCAAGGCGGCAACGCCUCCGCAGGCUAUCAGUGAUGAUGUGUCCAACAACGACGACGAAGAGGAGGGUGAUGAGUCCCAGCGGCGGCGUGCGGCAGAAGAAGACAAGCGGCGGCGGAACACUGCGGCGUCUGCACGUUUCCGGAUCAAGAAAAAGAUGAAGGAGCAGGCGCUUGAGCGGACUGCACGCGAGAUGACGGUCAAGGCCGAGGCGCUGGAGAAGCGGGUGCAGGAGCUGGAGACAGAGACCAAAUGGCUCAAGUCGCUGAUCACGGAGAAGGACCCGAAUGUGCUGAACAACGUCAGAUGCCCGUGCCACCAUCCGGCGGGAGUUGACUUCUCGGGCAACCUGGCUGUGCAGCACCACCAGCACCACCAGCACCACCACCAGCAGCACCACCACCUGAACAUUGCGCCGGCGCCUGCCGACCAGCAGCUGUUCAAGAAGCCCCGCGUAUGAAUAUUAUAUUGAGGUAUUUUCAGUACAUUUUAGUAGCUCCGAGAAAUUGACCUUGUUUUACCCACGAAGCCUUUGGGCAGCGGCGUUGCGUGCUGCUCUGCUCGGGGGUUUACGGUUCCCCUUAUCAUAAGGCGCCCUUCAGGUCAAGACCGAGCGGACAGACGGGAGUGCUGGGCCAGUCACAGCUCUCCAAAGCGAGCUGGCUAGGGCGAUCCCAGGUACGCGUGCACAGCUUGGAAAGGGUUGGGCAGGCAGACAGGCAGACACCAGCACCUCACGCACCCCAACAAUCCCCAGCCCCGGAG